CGGUCGCUAGAGGGAGGCUGCCGCUGAAAGCGGGACCUCGAGUCGCCCCGUUGUGGGGCUCGUCAGAUGGAAGCGCCGGGUCUCUUGGACGGACUCCGGUCCCGGUUGUUCCCUGGCCGUGCGAGGCGGGCCUCGCGGCGUUCUGGCUGGGUUCUUCCUACGACUGUGCUGUGUGGCUACGGUUUCUUUGCCAACUUGCGACCGUCGGAACCUUUUCUCACGCCUUAUUUGUUGGGACCGGACAAGAACCUCACAGAGACCCAGGUCUUCAAUGAAAUUUAUCCAGUAUGGACGUACUCGUAUUUAGUGCUGCUAUUGCCUGUUUUCCUGGCCACAGAUUAUCUCAGAUACAAGCCUGUCAUCCUUCUGCAAGGACUAAGCCUUAUAGUGACAUGGUUUAUGCUUCUUUACUCCAAAGGAAUUCUAGCUAUUCAGUUCCUGGAAUUCUUCUAUGGAUUAGUGACUGCAACAGAAAUUGCUUAUUACUCUUACAUUUAUAGUGUUGUGGACUUGAAUUUAUACCAGAAAGUCACAAGCUACUGUCGAAGUGCUGCCCUUGUGGGUUAUACCGUAGGCUCUGUCUGUGGGCAGAUCCUGGUGUCUGCUGUAGGAUGGUCUCUGUUCAGUUUGAAUGUGGUGUCACUCACUUCUGUAUCUGUUGCUUUUGCAAUAGCUUGGUCUCUGCCCAUGCCACAGAAAAGCUUUUUUUUCCACCAUCACUCAAGCCUCCAGGUCAGUAAGGAGAUGAAGGUUUUAAAUUAUAAAAAUGGAACGAUUACCCGACAUGAUCCUGCCUUAAAGAGGGUUCCUGGGUGGGAAGAUGUUGAAUUGGAGGCUCCCUUAAAUAUAGAAGAGUGUCCUGCAGAGGAGCAGGAACAAAAGGUGGACAUUAUGAACAUAAUGAAAGAACUCUGGCAGGAUUUCUUGCAAUGUUACUCUUCCUGGCCUCUGCUGUGUUGGUCUGUAUGGUGGGCCCUGUCAACAUGUGGCUAUUUCCAGGUCAUAAACUAUGCUCAAGGCAUGUGGGAAAUUGUGCCGUCUUCUCAGACCUCUGAGAGAUAUAAUGGUGCUGUGGAAGCUGUUUCCACAUUGUUGGGUGCUGGGGCUGUGUUUGCUGUGGGACACAUAAAAAUAUCUUUCGUUACCUGGGGUGAAUUAGUUUUAGCUAUGUUCUCCCUCUUCAUUGCUGCAGCUGUGUGUAUCAUGGACACUGCUCAUAACAUCUGGAUCUGCUAUGCUUCCUACAUGGCAUUUCGAAUUGUCUACAUGCUACUCAUUACAAUUACAACAUUCCAGAUUGCUACAAAUCUAAGUGUAGAGCGGUAUGCCCUUGUAUUUGGUGUCAAUACUUUCAUUGCACUGGCAUUGCAGACAGUGCUCACAUUGAUAGUUGUUGAUGCAAGGGGUCUUGGCCUUGACAUAAUCACGCAGUUCAUGAUCUAUGCUGGUUAUUUUGCUGCCAUAUCAGUAGUAUUCCUGAUAAGUGGCAUAUACAGUAUUGUCAAGAAUUUCUGGAGAAUGGAAAGGAGAAGAAAUGACACUGUUGCAGAUGGUGCUUAAAAUGAACUAAUUUGAUAUCUGGUGGAGGAAAUCUAUUUUUAAAUAUGAUGGUUCAUAUUUAUUCAACUGCUGUUACUUUAAAACUGUUACCUGAAUUGUAUUUGGUUAUAUUUAUACUAUAUUAGUAGCAUAUAUUAGAAAUAGAAUACUUGUCUUACAUAAGUAAGAAUGCUGUAUUUAACAAAACAGCUUCAAUAUGCCUUUUGAGGACAAAGUCUACAUGGGGACAAAUCUUCCUGUUUUUUCUUUAGCCAGACAAGCCAUAAAACUGUAAUUGGAAAGUGAUGGUAUCCUAGUCUAUGCUUUCAGUGCUCUUAAUAUGUUGGGUUUUAGGAACAUAGAACUGGGAGGCACUGCAAUAGAACUGCAGUCAGCAGCAUCCUUUGAAACAAAUUGGCCGUGGCAGGAUACUGCACAGAUUUGGUAGAUGCACAGUCAUGAAUAGACAGCUAGACCUUUCUGUAUGUGUACCCAAAACAUUUUUCACACUGUAGUGUGAUUUUGGUAUAUUUUAAAGAUUUUAGUUCUCUUUUGCUACUCCUACUGAUCAUGUCCAAUAGAUUUGAUUUGCUGACUUCAUGAAAUGUCAGUUGUAUAUCUUAAUUCAUAGAUGUUAUGAGGUAACGGAUAGGAAAAGCAGUAAACCUCCCAUGGUUCAAAUAUGGGUUGUCACUUGGAUAAUUCUAUUGAUUAUAUUAGGCUUUUCAGCUUCUCCAAAGAAACUCUUAAAUUCCUGUAUUUAUGCUGUUGAUAGUCAACUUUCACAAUGUCUGAAAAAAAGAAAUGGCAGCUAUAUCAUUCUGCAUUAUUUGUACAAAUAAUAGAAAUGGUCUUGAUUGCUGUUUCUGCCAAUAAUGAUAGUAUUUUUGAAUUGUGGAACAAAUAGAUGUGACAGCAUCAAAUAAGAGAUCAUUAUUUUGAUUGUUUUCUGUGCCUUUUAAUAAAUCCAUAAUUUGGAUUUAUUAAAAUCCUCUGGGUACACUUGGGGUGAUUCCUUGAGCCUUCUGGGACUUUCUGAGUAGACUGUAGAUAUUUCAUAACUAGUAGGAAAAGUGCUGAGAAACUCAGACAGUUCUAUUUAUCCUUUGACUUUAGGGAAGGAAGAUUUUUAAGGCACUAUUUCAUUUAUAUUUUUUGGUUUUGGGGGAAAAAGAAAAAAGGCUGUUAUCUGUUUUCUAUUCCCUUCCUGUCCAGGUACAUUGUCUAUAUUCAUUUCCCGUGAAUGAAUAGCAAACCAUAAAAUAGAAUAAAUCCAUA